AUGUUUCCCGAUAGCAUAGGCAGCAGAAACUUGGCUCCUCCUGAGUUUGUGGCAAGUUCCAGUAGUAGUAGGUUGGGCGGUGGUCGUAGCGGUCGUAGUAGUAGUAUUGGAGAGAACAGGAUCGAUGAUGAUGGUACCAGUAGUAAGAAUGUAGGUCUUUUGGAGCUGCAAAAGCAAGCGAUUCGAGCUCCUCGGUUGUUCUUAACCAAGCAGCAGAAGACAAAGAGGAAGGACCAUGCUGACAGCGACGCGCUGAUUAUGAAGAGUACGAAGAAGGACGAGCGUUGUUCGGGAGUCUACUUUGACAAUGUCCUCAUCGAGAGGGAAGACGAUUCGGAAGACGACGACGAAGAUCUACUAGUCAGUCUUCUGGAGGACGACGACGACGAUACUAGUAGUAGCAUGAACGGCAGCAGCAAGAGAAAGGACGCGUUGCCCGUGACUGACUUGGACUUUUUGAUUGCCAGUGUGGAGACGGCCGAGCCAACCAUGGACACGAAGAAGAAGCGAAUGCAUGUAGAAGACUCUUCCGCACAACAAGACACUGCUUCUACUGCUACUACUAGUAGUACGGGUAACCAAGAAGAAGCCGACGUCUUGUGCCAAGCCGUCAAUGACUGGAAGCCCUUUACCAACCAUGUGGCGACCAUUAUGCAACGAGAAAAGCUGCCCUUUGAGUACUUUGACAUUUGGGUGCCAGAAGAGACGCUGACCAGUCAAGAGCAAAAGCAAGACGAUGAUGACAAGACUGACAGUAGUGCUGUCCUCCGGCAUGUGGGCCACGGAACCAACGGCAAUACCGACAUGAUGUCCAUCAUGACGCUCUACAACAUGAAUCAGUUUGGGCGAUCCAGUGAACAGUACGCCUUUCUGCCGGGGAUUGGAUUGCCCGGACGCGUCUUUGAAACCACCGAACCCAUGUGGGACGACAGUCUUCAACGAGCGUCCUAUCAAGACUUUCCACGAACCGACUUGGCCAAGAAACACGGCGUCAAGAAGGGAUUGGGCAUUCCGCUCCACAAGAAUGGACAACAAGCCAUUCUAGCACUCUACACGACCAACGACAUUCCCAAAGAUAUCAAUCUAGUCCAGUUGGCAUACUACGAAUUCCAAAAGUACAAGAUUCAACUACCACUCAAGCAGGCAUCCAUUGUUGUACAACCCUAUAAAGCAUUGCCGGCACUAUGCAACGGGGAGGACAGUAAGAAGGAGGAAGCCGACAAGAAGGACUACUACACGGCCAUUCUUCCCGACGACCUCGACGUGGAAAUGGCGCGAUUCCUCGGAGAUCACUUGCCCGAAAACAAUCUCACGGGGCAAUCCCUUCAGUUUGUCCUUUUCAAGGCACCUUGUCGACGGGCGCUCUACGAAAAUGUCAAUGUACAACGUCUCAAGCAACAGUUCACAUUGCUCAAACAGCAACGCAUGUUGCGCAGUCCGGAGAUUGCCGCCGUCAUUGUACAAGAAUGGGAUCGAUUCUGUCCCAAUCAUCUACAACUGUCGCAGCAGCAGCAGCAACAAGAGCUGUGGUUGUAG